ACAGAUGAUGAAAAUGAUGAGUUCACUUUCCAUAUAUCGAGAUACCGCCCUGAAGAACUCCACAAACUAGCUUCGAAAACGAAAUUUACCAGAAAAGAAAUCCAGUUGAUGUACAGGGGAUUCAAACAGGAAUGUCCUACUGGAAUGGUGGAUGAAGAAUCAUUCAAACAUAUAUUUUCCCAGUUCUUUCCUCUAGGAGAUGCAACGAAUUAUGCCCACUAUGUGUUUAAUACAAUGAAGAAGAAACAAACAGGAAAAAUAAGUUUCGAGGAUUUCCUGAACAUUUUGUCGAAAGUAUCCCGUGGUAGUGUCAACGAAAAACUGCAGUGGGUCUUCAAUUUGUAUGACCUCAACGGCGACGGCCUCAUAUCGAAGGCGGAAAUGUUAGACGUAGUAUCAAGUAUCUAUGAAAUGCUGGGAAGGGCGACUCAACCAGCUGUGGAAGAAUCUUCAGCGAAAGAACACGUAGAAAAAAUAUUCAAUAUGAUUGAUACCAAUAAAGAUGGAGUUAUCACAAUAGAUGAAUUAAUGCAGUGGUGUUCCAGAGAUGAGAAUUUUCUAAAAUCCUUAGAAACUUUGGAUACAGUAUUGUGA